UAAUCUGGCAAUGGUUUCUUCAACGAUGUUCAGGAUUGUUGCGUGUGAAGACUCUGGAUGUCUGAAUGCCAAGAACUCGUCUAGGGUUAGCUGCUCUGGGUUGUCUCUAGCAGCCUCUGACCAAGCUGCCUUGUCCCUCAUGAUGGCUUCUGUCAUGUGUCAUAAUGGGAACGACGCCUCGACUUCUGAGGAGCCUCCCCCUGCCCCGUCUACCCCCGCCACGUCGCCGAUUCCUGCCGCCGCCGCCACCGAGGAGGCGCCGCAGGUGUUGGCGCGGCGGGUGACGGUGGAGCCCGUGCUGUUCGUACACAAUCUUUGCUCCCAGGUGAUGUGGCUGGCCUCACAGGACCUGCAGAUCGAUAAGGCUUGUGCUGUAAAUGUUGGGUUGAGCGACGACAUCUGCGCAAACCUGGGCGACCACGACGCGCUGGAGAGCACGGUGCAGGAUUUGGUGACCAGCAUGCUCAUGUACCGCUCCAUUUUCGAGGCUUCCAUCAAGGCAGUGUGGCUGUUGAUGCUGGGGGCGUGGAGUGACCGGUACAGCAGGCAACUCCCACUCAUCAUUUCCAUCUGUGGCCUCGGAGGAGAAGCUCUGGUGUACCUGAUCAUCUCCUUCCUACCUUCGUGGCCCGUGGAAACUGUCCUGGUGGCCUCGGUGCCCUACUCACUCAGCGGGGGCACCCAUGCACUCCUCAUGAUCUGUUUUGCAUACCUGGCCGAUGCUUCAAAACCUGGUGAGCGCACAGUCCGCAUGGGUCUGCUGGAUGCUGCCUACUACUUUGGCUCCCCGGUGGGCAUGGCAGUGGCUGGCCCUCUUCUGGAUGCUGCUGGCUACCGGGCUGCCUUCAUCCUGACCAUAGCCCUCUAUGUGGUCACUGUUGUCUAUGUAGUUGUGAGGUUCAGCAAUGAGAGGAAAAAAUCUACAAACACAGAGGAGCCUGAAAUGAGUAAGUGUAAGCAGUGCCAGACCUCCUGUGAUGUGACUCAUCUGUACAAGGCAGUGCAGGUGACAGUGCAGCCCCGGCCCCACCACAUCACCUGCUUCAUUCUUCUGCUUAUUCUUGCCAUGCUGUGUGAUUCUUUGCCUGUAUGGGGUGAGAGCAACGUUAAAUAUCUGUUUACUCAGAAAGUCAUGGAUUGGACCCACACCCAAUACAGCCACUGGGGAACCUUUGCCUCUCUGCUUAGUGUCUGUGUGAUGGUGAUAGUGGUUCCCUUCCUGAGUCUGGUGGUCCACCUUCCUGAUGCCUGGGUGGGGGUCCUUGGUGGGGCCUCACGCACAGCGUCAAGCAUCAUUUAUGGCUGCGUCACGUCCCCUGACCUCUCCUGGCUGAUGUGGAUGGGUGCGGUGGUGGGCAGCGCUAAAAACAUGGCUCCUGUUGCUAUUCGUUCCCUUCUUUCACAGCUGUCAGGCAGUAAUGAGAUUGGCCGGAUCUUUGCUGUGAUGGCCAUGGCAGAGACGCUGGUGGUGCUGGCCGCUGCUCCGCUCUACAAGACUGUAUAUUCUGCCACCAUUGACAGCCGUGCAGGAACCUACAAUUUUCUUUCAGCUGGCUUCAACAUCAUUUUAACACUUAUAUUACUGUUUCUGGCGAUUCAGUUAAAGAAGGUGUGGAGAUUGCUUCGAGAAAAAAGUGAAAGGCCAACUCAAUGUGACACCAACUCCUCUUCAGUAUCAGAGAUAACAGGAGCCUGAAGUUGGGGCUGUCACUUGGUCUUCUGUGGUGGAUUGGCUGGAAUGGAAGUUUAUUCUUAGUCAACACCCACUGGUGCUAUACAUUUUCAGAACAUCUCAUGAUGCCUUCUCUCCAACUCUGGUUUCUCCUAACCUAUGAAUACAACAUGCAAAUUGCUACCCCUGCCAAGAUAAUUCAAAAUUUCCUUUCAGUGGAAAAGUCAGUUUCUAAACAUUUUGUGCUCUUUGCUUGCCAUUAUCUCUUUCUCCAGUCAGCCUGUCAGAACUCUCCCAUAUACUAAUCUUGACAUAUCCCUCUAACUGUUGUGUUCAUCUCUCCCUCUCUUCCUUUUGUACAGAGCAGCGGCUCCCAACCUUUUUAGGCUGCAACCCUAAAUAUCCAACAAUACAGCCACAUGACCCACAGACAUAUGAUAUGAAUAAGGCAAAUAACAUUAUAAAUUUGAAAUAUUUGUAAAUUGCAGUGUAUUAUAAUUUCAGUCUGUAACUACGAUCACAUAAUACAAAUUACUAUAGUAACAAUCUAUUUGUAGUAACACUAUUCAUUAUUACUUAUGAUUAUUAAGUUUUAUAUACUUUAAAUUGUCUGAGAAGCCCUUGUGAUCCUACUGAGGAACCCGUGCUGCCCUGAUUUGGGUAUAAGGGUCGCAACCUAGGGUUGGGAACCGCUGGUAUGGAGGGACAAUCACAGCUCCUCUGGAGGCAUUAUCCACAAGUUUCCAAGCUAAUUUGCAUACAUUAAGCAUCCACUUCACUACUUGACCACUAAUGUCUUCCUUCAUUUCUGCUGCUAUGAUAUGCCACCUCCUUUUUUCUCAUAUAUACAUAUAAUAUAUAAA